AUGUUUGAUCAAAUUUGGUCUUUUAUUGUAUGGUUUUUUGAAUUUUUAUCAAUUCUUUUAAAAACUAUACCACGUGAUCUUACCGGUUUAUAUAAACUUAUUAAACAUCAUGUAUUAAUGAAAUAUAAUGUAUUUCGAAAACGAGAUUUUAUACAUAUAUUUCGUGCAAAUGUCAAACGUUACAAUUCUAAAGAAUGUUUUAUGCUUGACGAGGAAUCUCUUUCAUUUCAACAAGUUGAAGAUUUAACAAAUCAAUUGGCUAAUUUUUUUACUGCUGAAGGUUUUACACGUGGUGAUGUUAUUGCACUUAUACUUGAAAAUUCACUUGAAUAUCCAUGUGUAUGGAUUGGUUUAAGUAAAAUUGGUUGUAUAGCUGCUUUAAUUAAUACAAAUUUACGUGCUAAACCAUUACUACAUUCAAUUCAAACAGUUAAUGCUAAAUGUAUUAUUACAUCGAAACAAAUUCUUUCAGAAAUUGAAUCGGAAUUAAAAGAAUUAGAUAUUAAAAAAGUCUAUCUUUUUGAUUCAAAACCGACAUUAAAAAUAAAAUCUAAUUCAAUAUCAUCUUCAUUUGAAACAGUGCAAUUAUAUGAACAAUUUGAAUCAUGUUCAAUUCAACCACCUAAAUCUCUUCCAUAUGAUUUAAAACAUCCAGUUUUUUAUAUUUUUACAUCAGGAACAACUGGAUUACCAAAAGCAGCAGUUAUUAAACAUUCAAGGUUUCUUCUUGGUUCAUUCGGUUUUCUUUGUGCUACUGGUGUUACAUCUGAUGAUAUUAUGUACAAUACUUUACCACUUUAUCAUUCACUUGGUGGUUGGGUUUGUAUUACAUACAGUCUACUAGGUGGUUGUACAACAGUAUUAAGAAAAAAAUUUUCAGCGUCGAAUUUUUGGAAAGAUUGUGUUAAAUAUAAAUGCACAGGAUUUACAUAUGUCGGUGAAUUAUGUCGAUUUUUAUUAGCUCAAGCUCCUAGUGAAUAUGAUCAAAAACAUUCUAUUCGUUUUUGUUCGGGUAAUGGACUUCGACAAAAUUUAUGGAUGCCAUUUGUUAACCGAUUUAAUAUAAAUCAAAUCUAUGAAUUUUAUGGUGCUACUGAAAGCAAUGCUUAUUUUUUUAAUCUUGAUUCACAUCCAGGUUCUUGUGGAUUUUUUUCAGUAAUUUUGCCUCGUAUACUUGGCUCUGUUCUUGUAAGAUUUGAUCCAGAAACAAUGGAACCAUUACGUGAUGAAAAAACAAAUUUAUGUGUACGAUGUAAAACAGGGGAACGUGGUUUAUUAUUGGGUAUGAUUAAAAAAAGUUUAUUAAAUGCAUUUGAUGGUUAUGUUAACAAUCCAUCGGGAACAAAUCGUAAGAUUAUUGAUAAUAUUUAUAAAAUAGGAGAUCAAGCUUUUAAUACGGGUGAUGUUAUGUUAGCUGAUAAAUAUGGGUAUUUUUAUUUUUGUGAUCGAACAGGUGAUACUUUUCGUUGGAAAGGUGAAAAUGUAUCAACAGUUGAAAUUGAAAAUAUGCUUAUGAAUAUUCUUAAAAUAAAUGAUAUUGUUGUUUUUGGAGUUUCAAUACCAGAAACUGAUGGAAAAGCAGGAAUGGCUGUUAUUCUUGAUGAAUCAGCAUCAUCAAUUAAUAUGAAUACAUUAGUAAAUGAACUUAAAAAACAAGGAUUACCAUCAUAUGCUCGUCCAUGUUUUAUUCGUUUAACAAAACAUAUUGAAUUAACAGGUACAUUUAAAGUAAAAAAAACUGUGCUCCAAGAAGAUGGUUAUGAUCUGAAUCGAGUAACUGAACCGAUAUAUUAUUUAAAUCAACAAAAACAAAUUUAUGAACGAUUAACACCUGAAAUAUAUGAUUUAAUAUUAAAAGAGAAAAUAAAAUUUUAA